GGAUCAGGAGAUUUUCAAAUUAUUUUUUGGCUUUUAGCAAUUAUCCCUUCUAUUUGCAGUGUUGUUGGAUACCUAGGUAGGUACAUAUAGUUGCCUGAGAUGGCGCGUUGGGGGUUCAUGAUCGCCCUUUUGGUGAGCGCUUCAAUAGGGUUAUUGUUCCUCUUACAGGUCAUUGCGGGCAUCGACUUGGGAAAAUCUGCCCCUCACUAUAGGACACAUAGGCCAAUUCUUCAGCAGGCCUCAAGAGCCGAUGACAGUAUUUUCUUGUUAGGGGCUGGGAAAGCUGAUAUUACGGGACCUGUGGUCGAAGUUGCUUUGAAUGGAUAUGCGAAUCUCAGCCAAAUUGGAACAGGACUACGACAACGAAUAUAUUCACGAGCAUUCAUCAUUGCAGAUCCAAAUGAUACCAACAACACUUUUAUUUACCUAGUGCUUGACGCACAAUCUGGUGAUACCGCUGUCCGACACGGUGUGCUUCAAGGCCUAGCAAAACUAGGCGCAGAGUAUGCUCGUUAUGGCGAGCACAAUAUAGCCCUGAGCGGAACACACGCCCACUCUGGCCCCGGAGCAUGGAUGAAUUAUCUCUUGCCACAGAUUCCGACUUUUGGAUUUGAUCCGCAGAGCUACCAGGCCCUUGUUGACGGGGCGCUGCUAUCUAUUCAGCGAGCGCAUGAGAGUCUUACUUCAGGACGGUUGAGUUAUGGUACUAUUGACAUACCGGACGGUAAUACCAAUAGGAGUCCAUAUGCUUAUCUAGCCAACCCGGAAGAAGAGAGGGCUCAAUAUGAGUACAAUACUGAUAAGACAAUGAGUAUGUUGCGAUUUGAUCGUACAUCAGACAGCAAAACGUUCGCUGUUCUGACCUUCUUUUCUGUUCAUGGCACCUCACUAUAUGAGAACAACACCCUUACCGCGGGCGACAACAAGGGUGUUGCUGCAUACUUAUUUGAGCGCAGUGCCGCAAAGGAUAACCGCUUCGCGAAUGGAUUUAUAGCUGGGUUCUCUCAGUCGAGCGUUGGCGAUACCUCGCCAAAUGUCCUCGGUGCAUAUUGUGAAGACACCGGACUACCAUGUCGGUUCGAGGAUAGUACUUGUAAUGGGCAGACAGAGCUCUGUCGCGGACGAGGUCCGUACUUUUCGGAGAACGAUGCUGGGUCAAAGAGCUGUUUCGAGAUUGGUCGACGCCAGUAUACGGCAGCGAAGCAGCUUUAUGACCAGUUGGAUACCGACGGCACACAGAUCCUCGGUAGCUCCUCUGUUUCAUCGUUUCAUGUCUAUCAUGAUUUUACAGGAUAUGAAUUCCCGUCGCCGUUUAAUGGAACAACAUUGAGUACUUGCUAUGCAGCGCUGGGAUUCUCUUUUGCUGCGGGCACCACCGACGGACCUGGGCAGUUUGAUUUUACUCAGAAUGGAACUGGGCCAGCUGAAAGUAACCCUGUGUGGUAUGUUGCUCGGGCAUUCAUUCAUCAGCCAUCAGCAGAGCAACAGGCAUGUCAAGCCCCGAAAGAGAUUCUCCUCGACGCUGGAGCAGUCAGCCUCCCCUAUGCGUGGGCGCCGAAUAUUGUUGACAUUCAACUUCUGCGUAUCGGGCAAUUGAUCAUCAUAGUAUCACCUAGCGAGGUCACUACUAUGUCUGGUCGUCGAUGGAAGAACGCAAUUCUCAAAGCGUCUUCGGAUGUUUUGGGCAUUACCAACCCUCUGGUCGUCCUGGGAUCACCAGCCAACACGUACGCCCACUACGUCGCGACAGAAGAAGAAUACAGCGUCCAACGUUACGAAGGUGCAUCCACCUUGUACGGGCCAAACGAGCUAGCCGGAUACAUCAACCUAACCCUAACAUACCUGCCGUACUUGGGGAGUGAAGCAACCGUGGCACAAUUACCGCCGAUUCCGGCUGGACCAAACCCACCUAUCAACACAAAUAAUUCCCUGAAUUUCAUCCCGGGAGUCGUGUACGACAGCGCACCCAUCGGAAAGUCCUUCGGCGACGUGACCGCCACAUCCCCCAAUACAACCACCUACGGAGCGGGAGACACAAUCAGCGUAACUUUCGUAGGCGCCAAUCCGCGCAACAACCUCCGUCAAGAAGGCACAUUCGGGGCCGUCGAAUGGCUCAACCCAGCGUCUAAUAAAUGGCAAACUGUCCGCACAGACGCAGACUGGAAUUUGAUCUAUCAAUGGGAACGCACGAAUACGGUUUUGGGUUAUAGUGAUGUCGUUCUCUCUUGGCAGAUUGAGGAUAGUUAUUAUGCGAUUGAUGAUCCGAAUCCUGUGCAGAGUGGUUCGUAUCGGUUGCAUUAUUAUGGGGAUUCGAAGUCUGUUUUGGGGGUUGUUUCGUCUUUUGAGGGGGUGAGUAGUGCAUUUACUGUGAAGAUCUAGGAUGAGGAAUAUGAACGAUGUUUAUGAGAUGGAACAAUUGGAUGUACGAUGCUUAUCAAAUAAGUUAUGGAAUGAAAUGAAUUAUUAUAAUUUGUGUUUUGAAUAGUGGAUAGGUAGCUGGUUAUUGCAUUCAUUUACAUAGUUACGAAUGCCGUC